AUGGGGAACAGUCAGUGCGUCCCCCAGGCUCCCCGGAGGCUCCGUGCCUCCUUCUCCAGGAAACCGUCGAUAAAGAGCACCAGAGAGGAUGGUUCGAGGAAGCUGGCCAGCCUGUUUGGCAACGAAGCUGGUCCUGAUGGGGACACGGCAGCUGACAAGAUCCUCUACUAUAUCCCGGGGAUGGACAUCCCAGGCCUGGAGGGCCAGCGAGAAGCCCUAGACCAGCCACUCCUGAGUGUAUUCAAGAAGGGGCGGCGGAAGGUGCCCGUGAGGAACCUGGGCAAGGUUCUGUACUACGCCAAGGUCCAGCUGCGAUUCCAGCACAGCCAGGACACCAGCGAUUGCUACCUGGAACUGUUCCCCUCCCACCUCUACUUCCAGGCCCAUGGCUCAGAUGGCCUCACAUUCCAGGGGCUGUUACCAUUGACAGAACUGAGCGUCUGCCCGGUUGAAGGGUCUGCAGAGCAUGCCUUCCAGAUCACAGGCCCACUGCCCGCCCCCCUCCUUGUGCUCUGCCCCAGCACCACCGAGCGCACCCGCUGGCUCUACCACCUAGAGAAACAGAUGGCCCUUGCUGGGGGGCUGCGGCGCUGCCACUCAGCACCCCCGCAGCUGACACAACUGCGGGUGGUGUCAGGACAGGAGUCAGGAGGGAAUGCCAUCUGUGCCUCGAGGGUCAAGCUGCAGCAUCUGCCCUCACAGGAGCUGUGUGACCGGCUCCUGGUUUUGUACCCGACCUCCUUGGCCAUCUUCUCUGAAGAACCAGAUGGGCUUAGCUUCAAGGGGGAGCUCCCAAUCAGCGCCAUUCACAUCAACCUAGAGGAGAAGGGGAAGCAAAUCCGCUCUUUCCUGAUCGAAGGUCGUUUUAUCAACUCCAUCCGUGUGGUAUGUGCCAGCUACGAGGACUAUGGCCACUGGGUGCUCUGUCUCCGGACCGCUGUCCUCAGGGACCGGGGCUCUGCCCUGCCAGGAGGGGCCAGCCACCCAGCUCACCCCCUCAAUGUCCAGGUUGUAGGUGGUGGUCGAGGCUCCCUCUCCUCGGAUGGACGGACCAGUUGGGGCUCUGGGUGUCCAGCACCCCCCUCCACCCGCACCAGUCACUCCCUCCCUGAGUCUACACUGCCACCCCCUGCAGUCUGCCAGGUCCAGCCUGGCGCCGACAAGGCUGAUCCAGGCUACGCCAGCAUCAGCCGACGGAGGUCAGAGCUGAGACGAGGGGGCAGCAGCAGGUCACCUAAGAACAAGGCCAAGGGUGGCCCAGCCACCCCACUGCACUUAGACCUGGACCUGACCAAGCUGAGCAGACUAAGCUUGGAGGGGGGCCCAGAUGACCCUUUGGAGCCGCCACACUCACCACUCUAUGCUGACCCCUACACCCCACCUGCCACCUCCCACCACAAGAUCACAGACGUCCGGGGCCUGGAUGAGUUCCUCAGUGCCAUGCACAGUGCCUCUGGACCAGAGCCAGCAAGUGUCUUCCCUGCUGUCCCUGUGUCUGUGCCCAUCUCUGACCCCAGCCCCCCCGGCCCUUCCAGCCCCCCUGGCCCCCACCUGCUCUCCAAGAAGGGGGUCCUGCAGGCUCGUGCCCCUCAGAGGUUACAAGGCUCCUUCAAGGGCCGGGGGCCAAGGCCCCCAGACUCCCCUCAGCUUGUCUCCACUUCGAGGGAAGGUUCACCUGUCUCCCAGCCUCCUCCUCCAGCUGGCUGCUCCCCCCGGAGGCGUGCAGGUCCUAGUUACAACAGUGCCUGGGAUGAGGCUGCAGCAUCCUCACGUCAGAAGUGGCCCCGGUCAGGUGCACCUGAGGCUGAAGGGGCCUUGACCCAGUGGAUCUGA